AUGUCCUCAGCCUCAACGACCUCCGAAUCCACCCUCCCGGAGCGAACCACCAAGCCCCGCGAAGACCACGUCCUCUGGACCUGCAAGCAUCUCAAAGACCUACUUGACGACUCUUACUGCAACAAACUCAACGGAAUGCUGGACAAGAAAUGUCUUCGCUGCAAGACCAAGCGAGAUGUCAACGCUGUAGCUGUCAGCAGGACCCGCAAUGAUAUCGGGAAGCUUGUUGGGAUGAGUCCGGAGGGUGUCGAGAUCUGGGAGUAUGACGAUGGAAAGAGUACCACUUUAUAG